ACAAGGGGCGUUCCACCGCUCGGGACCCCCGCCGGAGAGGUAGAAAAGUCACCGAGUUUGCAUGACAAAUUACGGGACCUUUUUUUUGCCGACUUUGGUCAGAAUCUGGAGCAAUCUCCGGGGCUGGGAAAAUGACGAGGACCGUUACCCCGUUUUUAAAAGGCAAAUUGUCGGGUGAUCUUUUACGAGCUGCCUUGAGACGAGGAGAGACGUUUAUGGGCAGUUGGAGAAAUAUUCAAAUGAGCCAUAAAGUCGGGGGUCUGUGUCUUAUUUUUUCAGUGUCCCUUCGGGACACUUGGGAUCGCUCGGGAAUGACUUUGAAUGCUUUGGAUUGUGUCAGUAAAGUAAUAAAAAUUGUGGACCCUUUUUUUCGGGUGUAAUUAUUUUGGAUCAGUUUCGGAGCUAAUCCUUUAAAAUAAUUAAGCUCUCUAUUGUGCGAGGGGAUUUGUUGGUGCUAAGUUUGGGAAUCAUGCUUCGGCGACAUUCUUCCUGAGAAGUUUUUCCCGAAACGACGCAAAAAAGAGUCCAACGGUAUCGAUUUUCUAGCAUCACAAAAAAGCGUUCAAAGAAAGGGAAAAUCAAACCCACACAGCCAAACAAACUCCCCUCAGUAAAUAAAAAGAGCUCUCGCGAUGAAAAUAAAAAUAAUCGUCCAGUACAUGCCUCGACUUCAUAGCACUUUUGGGGGAGUUCACCCUCCGUAGCGUAGCGCAAAAAAGCCGUACCAUCAGCAACAUGGCGUUUUAUUAAUGGAUUCUUCCUUCUCUUCCCUUUGCAGAGCCAUGCAGAACUUCGACUCCAUCAUGUCCGGCGCGGCGAUUCCGCAGCAAACCAGCGGCAGCUGGAUGGACAUGCCGAUCAAGGCGGAACCGCUGGACGCGAGCAGCAGUUAUCAGCAGCACUACGGCCAUCACUAUCAGAGCCAUCUACAGCACCACCAGCAGGACACUCCGAUGUCCCACUCCAGUCCGACCUCGCCGCAGAGCGUUGACUCGAUGGAUUCGAUCAACGGCGGACGGACUCAGUACUACGAGUCGAAAUCAAGCGGGAUGCUUCACGGAUACAACCCGCUUGGGUUCAACCCGUUGACACCGCCGGGGUACGCUGGGAUGUUCGUCCCGACUCAGCAGCAGAACCAGCUGCAGCGACAGACUACGCCGAACAGGAGCUACGGCAAGCAGGAUUCCGGCUACGUGUCGUCCACGUUGACCCCGACGCACACGCCACCGAUGGACGUGACGCCGCCAAAGUCACCAAAGGACAUUGUGGAGACGCCCAAGAAAGACGACGACAACAACAGCUCGGACUGCGAGGGUUCGUACGACGGCAGUGACGACGAGGAGGGCAUCCGCAAGCCGAAGAUCAACUCCCACGGAAAGGUCAAGAAGUUCAAGUGCAAGCAGUGCGAGUUUAUCGCGGUGACGAAGCUGAGCUUCUGGGAGCACACCCGGAGUCACAUCAAGCCGGAGAAGAUGCUCAACUGCCCAAAGUGUCCGUUUGUGACGGAGUACAAGCAUCACUUGGAGUACCACAUGCGCAACCACGACCGAUCAAAGCCGUUCCAGUGCCCCAAGUGCAGCUACAGCUGCGUCAACAAGUCGAUGCUGAACUCGCACAUGAAGUCCCACUCGAACGUGUUCCAGUACCGUUGUGCCGACUGCAACUACGCUACCAAGUACUGCCACUCGCUCAAGCUUCACCUGCGGAAGUACGCUCACAAGCCGGAUAUCGUGCUGAACAUGGACGGAACCCCCAACCCACUACCCAUCAUCGACGUGUACGGAACGCGUCGUGGACCCAAAACCAAAUCGCAGAAGCUAGCCGAUCAGAAACCUCAGGAGUCCCAACAACAGCCCCAACAAGCCCCCCUCACACCCCAAUCCCAUCCGCAAACCCCCCAAACCCAACUCCCCUUCACCCCACCCAGCAGCCAACCAAACAACCUCCAGCGGAACCUGCUCCCCCACCAGCUCCUCCCGAACCCGCUCGCCCACAUGUUCAAGAACGCCAACAACCUCCCGCUCUUCCCCUACCUGAACCUCAACUUCCAGAUGUUCGCGGACCAACAAGCCGCCAUCAACCAACUGUCCCCGAACUUCCACCAGUUCCACGACAAGCAGGAACAAUCCUCCUCCCCAACCAAAAACCCCGCCCCAUCCUCCUCAACGCUCAGCGAAGAGCUGCUCAAACGCAUCACGGCCGCCGCCGCCGACAGCUCCGACUUCAAGCCGGACGUCCCCUCCGACGAGAUGGACCACCAAACCACCGCCGAAGACCUGUCCACCCCCGCCAUCGAAACCCCCCUCACCCCGUCCACCAGCAUCCGCUCGGCCGCCCCCGUCGGCAGCACCGGCAAGAACCGCCGCAAGGGACGUGCCUUCAAGCUGGAGCGGCUCGAGUCGUCGUCGCCUGCCACGAUGGAACACUCCGACGACGAGCACGAUGAGCCGAAGCAGCCCAGCCCCGUCAAAGAAGCGAAGGAGGCGGCGCUGCCCGUCGAAGCUUGCGUUACGCCGCAACCGCCUGCGGCGGCGCCGGAGAUGCGCUUCCGGUGCAGCUACUGCGAGAUCGGCUUCGAGCACGAGGUCAUGUACACGAUCCACAUGGGCUGGCACGGGUACGACGACGUGUUCAAGUGUAACAUGUGCGGGGAAAAGUGCGAGGACCGGAUCAGCUUCCAGCUGCACAUGGUGCGGAAGGCGCACCCGAAGUAGGCGGUGAGCGUUUUUGAGGUUACGGUACAAACUAGUCGUUGUUGGCGUGAAGAAGACUGAACUUUUAGAGGUUAGGAAGUUGCAACGAACGGGUAGUAAGGUUGGGCAAAACUACACAGUAGAGGAUAACAAGGUGAAAACGUAGAAAGGAAGCUUGUAAAACUGUCAAUUGUAAAGCAUUCUCAAACAAAGAGCACAAAAAUCAAAGAGUAGAGGUAAGUGAGGUGACUGGCAACACUUCUUUAUAUUCCAAAUGGUUAAGAGUAUUAUAAAUCAGGUCAUUGUUGUAAUUUUAACAAAUUAUUAUUAGGACUAGUUGUAACUAUUUAUCGAAUUGAACAAUAAAUUAUUUGGAUAAAUAACGCUUGUGUUUUUACUUUUGGCAACACUUAUAUCAGAACUGUUUAUUUUCCAUGCUAUGCAAUGCUACGCUUGUCAAAUUUUAAAUGAUGACAAAAUUGAACUGUCUUGGUAGACCCCCUCAAAUAAAAUCCACCCAUCUCAAGGAAUGCAUCAAUUUCCUCCCCGAAAUCGAACCCAGAAAUACCAAUUUUGGACGCGACCUUUGCCAACC